CAGUUUGCACCAGCGCUUUGAGAUCGCUGGACUUCUAUAACACUACGAUUACUUGUCCGCUCGAAACUUGGCCGAGCGCUCGUUUGCGCGCUAUUUCGGCCUUGCACCGGCACACUAGCGAUCUGUAGGUCCGCCGGGCGACCAUGAAGCCUAGCACUGCAUAUCUAGCGCUCUACAAUGCGGCACAAGCAUGCGGCUGGGCGGCCAUCCUGGUCGUCCUUGUCAUCGGCGUGACGCAGCGCGAGACCCCAGAGCAGCUCUACGACCGGGCCGCGCCUCUGACAAAGCUAGUCCAGGGCGCGGCCAUCCUGGACACCUUACACGCGGCCGUGGGCCUGGUGCCCUCCUCUCCCGCCAUGACUCUCAUGUUCUGGGUGGGACGCGGCAAUGCGCUGUUCGCCAUCACCGAGCCCAUCGCCGCACUGCACGCCAGCUGGUGGGCUGUGCUGAUGCUGGGCGCCUGGGCGGCGGCGGAGGUGAUCCGCUACCCCUGGUACGCCGCCAUCACACUGGGGGCCUGCCCCGGGUGGCUCACCUGGCUCAGGUACACCAUGUUCAUCCCGCUGUUCCCGCUGGGCACGCUGGCGGAAAUGGCGCUCAUGUGGACUGCACUGCCCGAGCUGCAGUCCCGGCGGCUGUACUCUCUGGGCCUGCCCAACCCCUACAACUGGGCCUUCGAUUAUCACCGGUUUAUCCAGAUUGUGCUGCUGCUGUACCCGCUGCUGUGGUGGCAGCUCUACUCCUCGCUGCUGCGCGCCCGCGCCAAGAAGCUAGGCGGCAGCAAGGGAGGCAGCAGCAAGGGAGGCAGCGGCGAGGGCUCGCGGCCGCCUGCGGCGGACAUUCUGCGCCAGGAGACGCGGAGCAAGCUCCUGAAGACGCAGUAGAGCGGUAGAGAGCGGUGUAUGUGGGAUCAGUGGAUUAGGCUGGUGUGCUGGCAGCACGCGAGGCGACGUACGGAAGGCGAGUACGCUAGGGAGGUGAGUGGGUGGCACCGGCUGCAACAGGCUUUGGCGGCCGCGUUCGGCGUAGGGCAUAGCGGGAGCGCCAGGCACUGCGACUGCUCGAUCGCGAGCUGGUAAGAGGUGCUGCAAUGAAGACUGCCAAGAGUGUACGGGACGCAGGCUGCAUUUGGACUGGCGCACGGGCUAGCUAUGUAUUCAGGUCGCUUUUUGAGUCUGGUGACAGACGUCACUGUCGGACGAUCGCGCGGAAGCAUGUGAUCCCCAAUGAGUAUGGAGGUGGGAUUGUCGGGCAUGAAAUAUGGGCCCUUACAGGGGUGCGGGGGUGGGGGUGUUAUGUGCCCGAGCCCAUACAGUCCCACGAGUCAAGGAAUCGUGGCGGGGUUGGGGCGGGGCACCCCUGGGCCCACUAUUGAAUUGCAGAAACACCGACAUUGCUGGUGGCCGCACGUAGGCGGUGGCCAGCGGGGUGCCCCUGCCUGGCCCCUGCCCAGGCUUGCCCACGUGAGGGCCAUGGCAUUCCUGGGCGACGCGCAUUGCAUGGUUGGAAGUUGUGAGAGGGGCUUCAUUAGUUGGUUGCUGAGCGCCCGAGCCUGCCUGAGCGAGGUGCGAUGUAGCGGAGGCACGUCCCUUGCCCAAGCCCCGCGGCCUUGCCCUGGCCCUGGGGCCUGGGCCGGGCGAUGUGCCGCUCUCCGGCUCUUGCUGGUGCGUGAUUCGGCAACGGGGCGGAUAGUGGAAACAACGCAGCUGCGCCCGCGCGGCCGCACACGCGGGUGCCUCCACUUGCACGCACUAUGUGCAGCGGUGCCUUGUGAUCAGGUGUCGAUCGGUUGUACGUGCGGCCUGGCUUCCGCCCAGGGCUCCUAUCUUAAUGUCUCCAGACAUUAAUAGAUUAAUCGGCCAUUUUGGCCGUUUCCUAGACAUUCCUCUCGGGGGCCAAUGUCUGAGGUAAGACUUUGUUGGCCCGGGUUUGGGGCGGGUUUUGUCCGAACUCCUGUGGAGAAGAAGAAUGUGCCCAGACAAAAAACGGCGGCCAUACGGCCGUUUUCCAUCACCCCAAAAACAAGAUACGACCCGUCGACCCCUGCUUCCGCCGUUCCGCGGGCGUAGGCGCUUGGGAUAGGCCAUCCGCCAGUGCUGUGCGCGUGUCAGGCUGUAAAACAGUACGGUA